GCCAUGGCUUCCUGCAAACUGCUCGCUGUGCUUGUGCUGGUCCACAACUUUGAAGGUUUGCUUGGGGCUGAGGUGAAGAGCUCCAUCAUUGGUGGAAAUGAUGCUAAAGAGGGCAAAUGGAAGUGGAUGGUGCAACUAAACCUCACAACUGAUGACAUCACUACGUGGGGCUGUGGCGGCACCAUCCUCAAUGAUCAGUGGGUGCUAACUGCUGCAUCAUGCUGGGAUAAAGAAGAAGACUGGCGUCGAUCAAUGGUUGUGGUCGGCGCACGCAGCCUGGAUGAGGAGGCCCGUUACAUGGCUAUAAAACAUUUCAUCAAACACCCGGAGUACCGAUCCUUUCACGGUGGCAGUCAGAACAACAUCGCCCUUAUCCAGCUGAAGAAAAAGCUGAAACCCGAACAUGUUACACCAGUGACUCUGCCCAACGCCAAUGAAGUCUUUGAUGAAUCAUCUGAAUGUUGGGUCACUGGCUGGGGGAAAGUUGGGAGGAAUGAACUGCCGGCUCCGAAAACCCUUCAGGAGGUGAAGCUUCCCAUCGUCCGCGCUGAUGUUUGCAAGAGCAAGUAUAAUUGGCUGACUUCUGAUGUGCUUUGUGUAGGGGGCAAGUUAGGUGGCAUCGGUGCCUGCAAGGGGGAUGAGGGUGGCCCACUGGUGUGUAAAACUGCCAGAGGCUACGUGCAGGCGGGCAUCGUGAGUUUUGGGAGUGCUCAAGGCUGUGGUCUCCCUAAGGAACCUAGCGUCUACACCAGAGUGUCCAAGUAUCUGACCUUCAUCAACGGUUACAUCCACCGUGGUGAGGAAGCUUCAGCCGAGGUCUAAAAGUUUCCCAGACGUUGAAGCUGUCCAGUAUGCUCACCAGACAGCCCGCCUUACUCUUUCUAAUUCUUCUUGUAUCAGUCCAUGUAGUCCUUUACACUGGAUGACAUGUUCUCUGGUUUCCUCAACUAAAUUCUUUUCAUUAAAGCUUUUAAGCAUCA